CGCCGGCCCUGCCGACGUGGCGGGGCGGGACCGCCGGCGCUCGGCGCGCACUCGGCGGCGGGAGCGGAAUGGUCCGUGUUGCUGGGUGAAUGCAGAGCAGCUACGGAGGAGAGAAGUUGUAUUGCACCUGUUUUUCUGCACUUCAGAUAUUAAAAUGUCUGAUGAUGCUGGUGACACCUUAGCCACUGGAGACAGAGCAGUUAUCACUGAAAUGCCCAGGAGUGAUUCUUCCCCUGAAGAUGCAGAAAUGCCCAGUGACCCGGCUACAGCUUCACACAAGCCACCACAGCCAGGUGAUCCCAGGGGAGAUUUGCAUGAGAAUGAAGCUGGACAGGGUGCAGAGCCCCCUGCUGCUCUGCACUCAGAACAGUCCAAAGACACUGGUACCAAGGACACCGCCACAGAGACUCCCCUCAAUGGAGAAGUGACUGAGGACACCCUGGCUGAGUGCACUGAUUCUGUCAGCCUCGAGGGAGAACCUGGAUCUGAAAUACCCCUGAAAGAACAAAGUGAUCUGGAUGCAGGUUCCCCUCCACAGGGAGGAGGAUGGGCAGGCUGGGGCUCCUGGGGCAAAUCUCUGCUCUCCUCUGCAUCUGCCACAGUAGGUCAUGGAUUGACAGCAGUCAAGGAAAAGGCAGGGGCCACGCUACGGAUUCACAGUGUACAUUCUGGGCCUUCUGAAGGGGCGCCACCUGUGACUGAAGCUGCAGAUGUGAGCACAGAUCUGGCUCCUGCAGGAAGCACCCCCACCUCACCAUCGCCUGGUUCGAGGGGCGUACUGUCAGCCCUCACCCACGCUGUUCACCACACUGGCAAAAGCGUCUUAACUGGGGGUCUUGACGCUUUGGAAUUCAUCGGCAAGAAAACCAUGAAUGUCCUUGCAGAAAGUGACCCGGGAUUUAAGCGGACCAAGACACUCAUGGAGAGAACUGUUUCCUUAUCCCAGAUGUUGAGAGAGGCCAAGGAAAAGGAGAAGCAGAGGUUGGCUCAGCAGCUCACGGUGGAGAGGACCGCACACUACGGCAUGCUGUUUGAUGAGUACCAAGGUCUGUCACACCUGGAAGCCCUGGAAAUUCUGUCCAAUGAAAGUGAAAGCAAGGUUCAGUCAUUUUUAGCAUCACUGGAAGGAGAGAAGCUGGAACUCUUAAAAAAUGACCUAAUUUCCAUUAAAGACAUCUUUGCAGCCAAGGAACUAGAGAGUGAAGAGAAUCAAGAAAUGCAAGGCUUGGAAGAAAAAGGAGAAGAAUUUGCUAGCAUGCUUACAGAGCUUCUCUUUGAAUUACAUGUCGCAGCCACGCCUGACAAACUCAAUAAGGCCAUGAAGAAAGCUCAUGACUGGGUGGGAGAAGAUCAAACCAUGGUGCCCAUAGAUGUGGCCAACGAGUCCAAGGAGGAAACGAAGAAGGAAGAAAAGGAAGAGAAAACAGAAGACCCUCAAGAAGUCAAAAAGGAAGAAAAGAGAACCAAGACUGUAGAGGAAGUGUACAUGCUGUCCAUUGAAAGUCUGGCUGAAGUAACGGCACGCUGUAUUGAACAGCUUCAUAAAGUUGCAGAAUUAAUUCUUCAUGGACAAGAGGAGGAGAAACCCGCUCAGGACCAAGCAAAAGUUCUGAUAAAAUUAACGACUGCAAUGUGCAAUGAAGUGGCCUCUUUAUCAAAGAAGUUUACGAGUUCCUUAACCACUGUUGGGAGCAACAAGAAAGCAGAGGUCCUUAACCCCAUGAUCAACAGUGUACUGUUAGAGGGCUGCAAUAGCACGACGUAUGUCCAGGACGCCUUUCAGCUGCUGCUGCCUGUGCUGCAGGUUUCACAUAUCCAGACGAGUUGUCUGAAGGCACAGCCGUGAUCUUGCCAAAUGCAAGGCAGUGACUGGCCUUCUUGCUUCACUACAUACCUUGUAAGGGUCUGUCUUCCAUGCACCUGGCCAGAUGCCCAUCUAAGGACACUAAGAGCAAUUUUGCACAGUUUUGCAAGUUUAAAGAGAGUUACCAUUUCUCUUUAGGGUUGGGAUUUUCUUUUUCCUUUUACAGAUAAUUGUGUUUUCUUUAUGUUAAUUUAAACUUAUAUUGCUUAUAUUGAAAUUUUCCUUUAAUCUGAAAUUUAUGUACAGAUAUUCAUGUCUGUUUUCCUGGUCAAGCAUGCUAUAUUUAGAAAUUCAU